AUUAACGGAUAAAAGGAAAAGGAUAUCUCUCGAUUUGGUUUCCGAACGUGAAUGGUGUGAAUGAACUGUCAAAUAUUCAAUGAAGUUAGCUGCUGUCUGGAAUCCUUCCGCCAUGCUUGUGUGUGUGGAGAUGCACCAAUUCUUACGUUUGUGUGCCGUCCGUGAAAGCGGUUUUUCAAAGCUCGCGCUCGCCGUUUUCAUCGUUUGAUGCGCCGCCCGGCCGGACGCCGGUGCCAGUGGUGCAUAAUAUUUACAUUUCGGCUUCCAAAAACCCAACAUUCCACUUCCAACGUUGUCUUCAAUUAAAAAUGUUCGUAGUUAGUUCGAAAAUCGAAUGCUAACUUUUUAAUGUGGCCAGUUUAAGUGAUAAGUGUUUUAUGAUGUGCUUUCUACGAGCGGUUUUAUUCCUUUCGUUGGUUUUAUCCGGCCUCCAUGCUUCCAUUGGGUCCGAAGGUAUCGACCACCAUUCAGGACAUAGACUACACAAGCACAAGACCAACAGAAAACACCGGGCUACUAAUGAAGACCUCCACUUCGAUCCAAAACCAUUCAGUAAGAAGAUCGAGCUGAAAACACCCGGGAAAAUCCAUUGUAAAGUGGCUGGUGGGCUCUCUCCGACCGUACAAUGGUUUUUGAAUUCAGCAGAUGCGCUCCCAGAGGGCGUAAGCUCGGCGAACGGUACGCUGCACGUGGCGUUGGCUGACAAACGCCACGUUGGCAACUAUACUUGCAGAGCCACUGAUGGCAACCACACCAUCACUGCCGAGAUACACCUCGAUGUUGUUGUGUCACCAAAAGUAAUCGAGCCUCUUCCGGACACGGAAAUACAUAUUGGCGAGCGACAAUCAGCACUCUUGAACUGCCGAGCGAUCGGCGACCCGCUACCAACCACGCAUUGGGUCCGGAAUCUCACCAUUAUUAACCAAUCGCAAGAUGGCGUGGACAUCGAAGGAGGUGUGAACGCAACACACGCCAGGAUGUUGUUACUAAACAACGGCUCCCUGUGGGUUCGUUCAGCGCGGCGUGAAGACUCGGAUCGCUACGCUUGUACAGCGGGAAACGCCGCCGGUAUGGCGCGCACGGAACUAAUCCUUACUGUACAUCCAGGUAAACUUUACGCUAGUCGCUAUUUAACAACUGUUCACUAUACCGACUCGGACCGCUACGCUUGUACGGCGGGAAGCGCCGCCGGUAUGGCGCGCACGGAACUAAUCCUUACUGUACAUCCAGAGGGUUAUUACGCGGACGGCGGGAAUGAAUCCGGAGCAGGGCGAGCGGUGUUAGUGGCAGCAGGAGUUGCAGCAGGUUACAUGUUGCUGGUGUUGGUGCUGAUGCUGUAUUGCAGAAGGCGCCGGCGUGAGCGGCGUCUGCGUGGUGAAAAGAUAGAGCUAGAAAUGGCGGAAGGCCGGGAAAAGUUGGUCGAAGAAGGCGCAGACAAGCCGAAGACGAACGGAGCGCCCAACGGGAAACUGCCGCACGACAGAGACAGCGGUGCCGACACGUCCGAGGUAUCGGCGGCAUCUCGCGUUUCCCGCCGAGGAUUUGAGCACCUCGCAGCCCCGAGGACCUUACUCUCGGAGCAGAUCCCUCUAGGUCGCGGUGAGUUCGGCGAAGUGUCGCUGGCGCGCCUCGACGUGUCGGCGCUGAAGCGCGCGCGCUCGGCGACCGCUAACUCAGCGCCGCGGUUGCGCCCUGUACUAGUCAAAGCUCUGACUUCUAAGGACGAGGCGGCCGGAGCGGAAUUCCGUCGACAACUGGAACUGUUCGGGCGAGUCCGGCACGAGGGCGUGGCUCGUCUGUUGGCGCUCUGCAGCGACGCAGACCCGCACCUUAUGAUCCUUGAACACACUGACUGGCCCAGCCAUACAGACAAAACAUCCAAUUUGCCACUGAAAUUUGAAGCGGAAUUCCGUCGACAACUGGAACUGUUCGGGCGAGUCCGGCACGAGGGCGUGGCUCGCCUGUUGGCGCUCUGCAGCGACGCGGACCCGCACCUUAUGAUCCUUGAACACACUGACUGGCCAUACAGACAAAACAUCCAAAAUUUGCCACUGAAAUUUGAAGCGGAAUUCCGUCGACAACUGGAACUGUUCGGGCGAGUCCGGCACGAGGGCGUGGCUCGCCUGUUGGCGCUCUGCAGCGACGCAGACCCGCACCUUAUGAUCCUUGAACACACCGACUGGCCCAGCCAUACAGACAAAACAUCCAAUUUGCCACUGAAAUUUGAAGCGGAAUUCCGUCGACAACUGGAACUGUUCGGGCGAGUUUGGCACGAGGGCGUGGCUCGCCUGUUGGCGCUCUGCAGCGACGCGGACCCGCACCUUAUGAUCCUUGAACACACCGACUGGCGCAGCCAUACAAACAAAACAUCCAAUUUGCCACUGAAAUUUGAAGCGGAAUUCCGUCGACAACUGGAACUGUUCGGGCGAGUCCGGCACGAGGGCGUGGCUCGCCUGUUGGCGCUCUGCAGCGACGCAGACCCGCACCUUAUGAUCCUUGAACACACUGACUGGGGUGACCUGAAAACCUUCCUGCAAGCCACUACAGCGGAACAAACGGCGCAGUUCACCGGCGCUGGUGGCGCCAGCGCGGCGCCACUGUCGCCGCAGCACCAGGCCUUGCUGGCCAGCCAGCUCGCGCACGCGGCCACCGCGCUGGCCAACCAGCGGCUCACACACAGAGAUAUCGCGGCCCGCAAUUGCGCCAUCUCGUCAGCUUUACGGCUGAAACUCACAAUGGCGGCCAUGUCUCGGGGGCCAGACACCGCGCAUUACUACAAGCGACAUGAUCAGGUGAUCCCGCUGCGCUGGUUGCCAGCCGAGGCGGCUUUAGAAGGCGAAUACUCGGCCAAGUCUGACGCGUACAUGUUCGGAGCCACAGUAUGGGAGAUCUAUACUAAAGCAGAGCUACCGUUUGCGAAGCUGAAUGACAACUCGGUUUUGGAGCGGUUAAAGAGCGGGACCCUCGAGUGGACGGUCCCGGCUUCGAUGCCCGACGCGCUUGCUGAAUUACUGAAACGGUGUUGGAGCAACUCCCCAUCAGAGCGGCCGCAGUUCGAAGCCAUCUGUACCGAGGUAGACGCAGUAUUACAAGCGGUAACCGCCGCCGAAACUACACAGGAAAACAGCCCUUAA